GAACAAUACAUGAUGGCGCUGUCCAAUGCGGUCACGAGGUUGGUGAGCCGAUUGGCCUUCCCUGCGCUCCGUCUUCUUCUCGUCUUCUUGGUUCAAGACGUCGUCCGCAUUCAGUACCAGGUUCCUCCUCUUCAGCCUCUCUACGAUUUUAUCAUUGUGGGCUCUGGAGCCGCUGGUGCGAUCAUAGCAGCCAGGCUUUCGGAGGUCCCUGGGUGGAAGGUGCUACUGCUGGAGGCCGGUGGACCCCCGCCAGAUGUGACCUCUGUCCCGUUCUUCAUGCCCCUCAAUGUCCUUGAGAAUAACGGUAUGAUCUGGGAAUACGAGUCCACUUCUCAGCAACACGCGCUUAAGGGCUUUAACAACCAGAAAAUUCGCAUCAUACAAGGACGGACAAUCGGAGGAACCACAUCCGUCAAUGGCCUACAAUACGUCAGAGGCUCCAGGCAAGAUUUCGACCAAUGGGCUGCAUUAGGAAAUCCUGGCUGGGAUUAUCACUCUGUCCUUCCAUACUUUGAGAAACUCGAGAAUUACAAGGGACCACCUGGUACGCUGGGAAGUAAGCACUUCGGGUCCUCUGGGCCAAUUGCCAUCACUCCAGCUAAACUUGGACCGCUGACGGAGGCUCUCUUUCGGGGAGGACACGGACUUGGGUUCCCUGUCACAACAGAUACCUUUGCGAACCACACUGUUGGGUUUCGAGGGUCAGUGCACAACAUCGGCGAUGGAAUUCGAUUUUCUACAGCGAAAGGAUAUCUAGAAUUAGCAGCCACGAGGCCAAAUCUCCACAUUGUCCACGAUGCAGAGGUUCACCAGGUUAUAUUUGACAACAACAGAAGAGCGAUUGGAGUGAAGUUUGUUCGUAGAAGAAAGUUAUUUACAGUGGGUGCUGCAAAGGAAGUUAUAAUUUCUGCCGGGGCUUUCGGUUCCCCGAAGCUGCUGAUGUUAUCAGGGAUAGGACCAAAGGAGCAUUUGCAAACUCACAAAGUUGGAGUAAUCGCUGACCUUCCUGGAGUGGGCAGAAGUAUGGGUGAACACCCCCGAGUCACUGGAAUCUGCUGGACUGUCAGGAAAGGGUCGUUUCCUACUCUGAAGGAGAAUUUCAACAAAGAAACUGCUCGUCUAUACAAGAGCUCACGACAAGGACCUCUGGCGGAUUUCCCUGGGGAAUAUCCAAGCGGCUGGUUCAGCGUCGGCGGGGGGGAUCCUAUGUGGCCUGACAUACAGAUUUUCAGCACCUCUAUUUUACCUUCCUCUGACUUCGGGGUCAUCUAUCCUUCGCUUUUCAAUAUGAAUAAGCUUACUUUCAACAACUACUUCAACCAGCUGUACGGUAAAGAAGGCUUUUGUCUAGACAUAACGUUAAUGCGCCCAAAAAGUCUGGGAUCUGUCAGUUUGCGGUCUUCGGAUCCUACAAACUCUCCACUCAUUGAUCCUAAUUACUUGAGUCAUUCUGACGACGUCCAAACAUUACUGAAAGGAGUCAGACUUGGUUUAGCCUUGGGGAACACACCUGUCUUCGUUAAGAAUUACGAAGCGAAAUUUUAUGACAAGCCUCUGGGUGAAUGCGCGCAUCACGCCUUCAACAGUGAUCAUUACUGGAUGUGCUAUAUUCGGCACAUGUCAACAACUACCUAUCAUUUCGCAAGCACUUGUAAAAUGGCUCCUCCGUCGGAUGUAUUGGGAGUUGUGGAUCAUCAUCUUAGGGUCCGCGGAGUCCACGGACUGCGAGUUGCUGACGCGUCAGUCAUGCCGCGAGUGACGGCUGGACAUAUCAGUGCGCCGACAAUGAUGAUUGGCGAAAAGGCAGCGGACAUCAUAAAGAGUGAUUGGAUUUGACAGGUGGAAGCACACACGUGAUAUAAAAUGUUUGAGUCUUUUUGACCAUACUGGUAUUAU